ACCCACACAAGUCAUAAACAUUAGGACAGCAAGAUGGCGAUGAUAGCAAAUGAUGCAGCCACAAUGUUAGCCGAAGCCUUAGAAAAAAUGGACGGGCUUAUAUCCGAUGACCAGAUGAUGAUGGAAGGAUUAAAGCCAAGUUCUCUAUCUUUUUCACCUAAUGAUCAAAUAUUAGGUUUAGCAGAAGAUUUACGCAAUGCUCUAAUGAGUGUGGUUCCCUCGAAUCGUCCAAAUAUCCGAAUCCCGAACAAGACCGCUCAGUUUCUCCUGGAUUGGUUAAAAUCACUUUUGGAGCCAAAUGGUAGCAGCCAGAAGUCAGGAAUUUGUAGCAAUGGCGAAGUUUCUCGUGCACAGAUCGAGCGACUAGAAGAAGAAAAGGAUUCUCUAAUCUUACAAGUGAGCGUUUUGACAGAUCAAGUCGAAGCACAAGGAGAGAAAAUGAGGGAACUUGAAUUUACCCUUGAGGAACAAAAGAUUAAGGCGGAAGAUUUAGAACAAGAACUCAAGAAAGAAACAGCCAAGUUGUCAUCUUUUGACAAGGAGAGAGAACAGUUACUGGCAGAAAUUUCUUGCUUGAAAUCAGCAGCCAAUCAGCCUAACCAAAGCAUGACUUCAGAUGAGGAAAAUCCUAAGGCUGUAGCAGAAUAUGAAGCCACGAUUGCUGAAAAGGAAUCUGAGAUUGAACUACUGAAAGACCACAUUGAGGUUCUGCUUGAUGAACAGGAAACUCUACAAAGAACUCUUGGUGAUGGCCAUGCUUCAUCAGGGCUGAAGACACAACUUAGGGAAAAAGCUUCUGAGGUCAAUAAGCUCAAGCUACAAGUUGAGACUCUGACAGCAGUAGUUGAGGAUAAAGAGAGCAAACUCAAAGAACUCCAAGGAACUGUUAGCAAGUUCAAAAGAGUUGAAGAUUUGGUUGUACGUGCCCAUCAGAGGAAAGGUUCUGAAACCAGUCAGUCAGCUGGCACUGAACUGUCUCUGCCAGACUCCAACAGUCUUCAUAGCUCAGAAGGGAUUCUCUCUCCUGAGCCUACAAGUACUACUCCAGAUAGUGCUGUUGAGUCAUCUGGUCCCUCACCAACUCCUCAUUAUCUACAUCAAGACUCCUACAUGCAAGCCGUCACUAAUCCAGUGACACCAAGCCUGCAAGCAGUUAAAAAUCCCCAAAAGCCAAGUAAACCUCAGUCAGGAAUCAGAAGCUCAUUUGGCAAAGGGUUUUUCAAAACAAAAGGUCCAAAGAGCUCUAGUGAACCUAAUAUAGCUAAAGUUGAAAGGUCUGCUGAUGGAAAGAAUGGAGUGAUACCACACAACAAGGAAGAGGCACAAGAACCACAAGUUCCUAAUGAACCAGCAUCACCAGAAAAUCACAGAAAAGAAAAGAAAUCCCUUGGAAAAACGAUAAACAAAGCCUUUGGAAAGUUACGACGAACCAAAUCUCUGAGUGACAACCAAGAUAACCGUAUCAAUCUCCCGCCAUUGGACUUAAAAAGCCAUAACAAAGUAGCAAAACCAGAAUAUGGGGAUCAACUCGAGUUACCGUUCCAUAGCUGGAGUACAGAGAUGGUGAUGAAUUGGCUGGAUGAUCUUGGUUUAGGUUGCUACACAGAAGGCUGCAGGCAGACCGUCACUUGUGGGGAAGAUCUGGUCAGAGCAUCAGGCCCUGAACUCGAUAAGAUGUUAGGUAUUAGACAUCCGCUGCACAGAAAAAAACUACAGCUUGCCCUACAGGUAGGUUUUGCAUAUCAAACUUCGAUAGGGCCAAUUUUUUAGGCGCGCUGAAUCGUCCUUACCAUAUCUUGAGGCCCGUAUGGCAAGCCGUUACUGCCAAAAGGGAUCGAGAUUUUUUUAAGGGGGGUUGAAAUUUUUUUCUUUGUCCAGAUUAACUUUUUAGCGAUCGAAAUAUAUAUAUACACUGUUCAAUUUUUUUAUUCCAGCCUCAGUUGCUGCUAGCGAGUUUU